AUGGCUGUCUAUACCUGUUUCCUGUGCCUGUACUCCGUUUUAUGGGAAGGAAAAUUAGAAGAAGCUGCAAAAACGAAUAUGAAUCUUGAUCCUUCAAAUCUUUCUCCUCUUGCUACUUCUACUCCUGCUUCUUGGAUUCUCCACAGAUUCUGGCUCGGAGAGUAUAUACGCAAAGCAAGUGCAGAAAGUGUAGUGAUUUUGGCUGCAGUCGAGGGGGAUGACCAAUACCACCACUCAUUUCUCAAGUGCUCGCUUUUAAUGGCAUCCUCCAAUUUAACAAAGGCCCGCCAAGCACGCCUUCUAUCUUCAUUAGUCCUCGACAUUCUCAAAGCAUCCUGCGGUAGAGCCGCAUCCAUAUCGAGUAGAUUAACCUUGAGAGACCUCAAAAUUUCACACGCUCUGCCCACUAACGGUCUUAACGAAGAUUCACAAAUUAUGCUGCUUUUCGAUAUCUGGAUAAGUGUGCUCCUGUCCUUCAAUGUACCACACUUAGGUCUCUCGACAUUUGUUCCCUCCUCAGCCAAGCUAUUAUUAUUCUCAGCACCUCUCGACAAUCUGUUGUCCUUUGUGGCAACCACGACACUCGGCUCGUUACUCGAGCUCAUCUGCUGUUUGGUUUUCGAAUCCGGAGACAAAUCGCUUGAACCAGCCUCGUUUAGCCUUGUGGGACCCAAUGUCAAUGCAGGAUCACUAAAAUAA